CCCCCACCCCCGCCCCGUCUCCCACCAGGGCCUAACGCUCCUCUCCUCACGGCGCAGGCGCCGCCGCCGGCUCUGGCUUCCAUUCCAUUCGCUGGGGCGCCGCGUGAGGGGGAGACGCGCGGCCGCAGCACCGCCCGCCCGCCUGCCCCGGGCCGGUCACCGCCGGCACCAUGAAGAUCUGGACCUCGGAGCAUGUCUUCGACCACCCCUGGGAAACAGUUACAACAGCUGCUAUGCAGAAAUACCCAAAUCCCAUGAACCCUAGUGUGAUUGGAGUUGAUGUACUAGACAGACACGUAGACCCCAGUGGAAAGUUGCAUAGCCAUAGACUGCUCAGUACAGAAUGGGGGAUGCCAUCUAUCGUAAAAUCACUCAUCGGUGCUUGCAGAACAAAGACAUAUGUUCAGGAACACUCUGUAGUUGACCCUGUGGAAAAAACAAUGGAACUUAAGUCAAGUAAUAUUUCAUUUACAAAUCUAGUAUCAGUAGAUGAGAGGCUUAUCUAUAAACCACAUCCUCAAGAGCCAGAAAAAACCAUUUUGACUCAAGAAGCAAUAAUCUCUGUGAAAGGUGUCAGUGUCAGCAGUUAUCUAGAAGGAUUAAUGGAAAACACUAUCUCUUCCAAUGCGAAUAAAGGCCGUGAAGCAUUGGAAUGGGUAAUUAGUAAAUUGAAUGCUGAAAUUGAGGAGUUCACAGCUUCAGCAAGAGGAAGCAUGAGGACUUCUAUGGCAGCGGCAGCAUUUGUAGAGAAGUUACAAAUUCUUGUGACUGAAGGUUAUGUGCUGGGGCAUCACUAACAUGUUAGUUCCAUUGGACUGAACGUUCAAAUGAAAUAACCAACUAACAUUCAGAGCUAAUUCCUGUAUUGAAUGAACACUUAUAUAAAACAGUUUUUAUCCUAGGUAAGGUUGCAGACGUUGCAGGAGAUUGACAUGUUAGUGAAUCUUACUUGGGUGGAAUUUAGUGGUUUGAUUCAUGAACUCUACCUCUUUUGGGACCAAGCACAUAAUUAAGCAAAAUAGCUUGUUCUAGCAAAGUUGGUGUUAUGUUUGUCUUGGGCAGUUGAAUGAUAUAACUUGAUUUAAAUGGAAGUUUUAUUACUUGAAGUCUGAAGUAUAAAUGAAUGUUUGUAUAAAAAUACUUGUUUUGAAAAACUGCUCUUAAAAAGUUAUUGGAUAGCUGAGCUAAAACGGUACUUUUAAAGUUAACUAUAUCCAUCAAACAGCAUCUUAAAACUCACAAUAAAAGUCACUGAAUAGUUUUGAAUAGUGUACUUACCUGCUGAGGCCCAAGUUUUGUCCUUAAAUAUGAAGUUGAGUGUUACAUGCCAAUAACUGACGGAAGAAUUUAGCCCUAUGUGCUUGCUUAUUUUUCGUCCACUAUCACAAUACUAAGGAAAACAACCUCUAUGUAGAAGGGUACUGUAACCACAUGUGCAUUUUAACAUGUAAUUUUGUAUUAAAGCUUCAUAGAAAAGUAGAAAUGUAUUUUGAAAUUCAGAAGAAAAACUUCCUUGAUGUUAUUAGAGGAACUUUAUAGAAUUGUAGAAGUGAGACUGAGAUACUUCCUCAUAUGUUUACAGGAGUUGUUACAUUGCUAAAUAUGUUUAAAAUGUUGCCUAAUCAUGCUUCAAAAAUACUCAUUAAGCAUGGCAUCACAGACUAUUUGGGUGUCCUUUAAUUUAAACACAGUAUUUUGCAUUUAAUUUUCUAUGUAAUGCUUUGUGUGCCUCCUUUAUAUCUUAUUGAAAUAAUUGUCUGCUUACAAACAAGGCUUUUAAAUGAAAGACAGGAAUCAGAAUUUAGAAGAGGGUUCGAUAAUCUUGUCUCUUGGUACUGGCCACAGAUUCUUGGUGCUGUCUCAUUCUUGAGUUCCCACAGCUUAUCGCUAAGGGUCAGAUUUUUGCCAACUGUUCUGAAGUCAAGUACCAUAUUACUUUGCAGAUAAUUCCAUUGGAAUCAGUGAAUCAAUCUCAUAAAAUAAGGUCUUGUCUACACUGGCUUGCCUACAUGGUUUGUGUAGUCAUGGCACAGCUAAAAAACCCACCUCCGUGAGAGGCGUAGCUACCAGCACUAGGAGCAUGGCUACCAGCGCUGGUGCACUGUCUAUUCUGGCACGUUACAGUGCUGAAACUUGCAGUGCUCAGUUGUGGUUUUUUUCACACCCCUGAGCGAGAAAGUUGCAGGACUGUAAAGUGCCAGUGUAGACAAGUCCUAAGGCACCCUUCAGUGGGAGGGAAAAGUGCAAAAUGUAGCAUUAAAGAAACAGCACUGAUGAUUUACUGGUCGGAAAUCCUGACUUCUGGUGCCAUAAGGGUCCAUUUGGCAUUUCAGACCAAAUCCUAAUCAUAUGUUGUUUUGUGUCAUUUUUCAGAAUAUAAGAUGUCACCUGUUUAGUAUUUUCUAUUAUAUGCCAUUUUUCUGUGAUACUAAAGUUGCAUAUUGAAUAUUGUGUUUUAAAGUGACACAAAACUAGAUCUUUUUUUAGUUUAACAGUGCUCAAUAUAGUGGGAACACAAACUUCAAUCAGAUUUUAUAUAGAAGAAAGAUUGUGUGUGUGUAUAUAAUGCAACAAAAGAAAAUGUACCUAUUUAAUAUUUUUUUCUACUUAAAACCUAUGAAGUUUUAAUUUGAGACUUCGUUAGUACAUUUGUAAAAGCAACUCAAAUCCAUUAGGGUUUGUGGAUUUUUUUUACACAUGGAGAUUGUUCGUACAACUGAAAUUAUAUUUCAACUAAAGAUUAGUAAAUGUUGCUACUUGAUCAAAUUUCUGUAGUAAUAAUGUAUCUUGUGAUAAAGUUGCAAUGCUCAAAUUAGUGAUUAGAAACUUUUUAAAUUUGUACCUUUUCUCUUAAACCUAGCUUAAUUCUGUGCAUUUUAAACUCAAUGUAAAUUUUCCUCAUUUUGCCACACUGUGGACCAACUAACUUGAACUGGCAAUAUUUAGUAGGCAUUUGAAGGAUUUUGAUUUGUUUCAUAUUUAUUCAGGCUUUUGGGCUCUUCCUGAGCAGGGUAGUGCUUUUGUGUGUAAAUUUUUUAUUUUAAAUAAAAUUGUUGCUGAGUGUU